AUGGCCUCGAACCGUGGAAUUCAGAUUGGAUCCGCGUGGUUUCAACGGAAGCUGAACUUGAGACCACAGCAUCGGGGCGUACAUCUUGUUACUGAGGAAAUCCUCAAGCAGGUGCCAGAACUGUCACAGUUUGCGGUCGGUCUCUGCCAUAUUCAAAUAAUGCAUACUUCGGCCAGUCUCGCACUCAACGAAAGCUGGGACCCUGAUGUCAGAGACGAUAUGGAAAUGAUGCUCAACAAAAUAGUGCCAGAGGGCCUUCCUUAUCGCCAUUCGUGUGAAGGACCAGAUGAUAUGCCUGCACAUGUGAAGGCAUGUUUCUUAGGUUCAUCACUUACCAUUCCAAUCACAGACGGAAAAUUAAAUCUGGGUACAUGGCAAGGUGUGUGGUUAUGUGAACAUAGGAAUCAUGCUGGCAGCCGAAAGGUUGUAGUGACUCUCUCAGGGUGUCCACGGGACUCACCUCUGUCACCAGUGUCUGCCGCGUCAUGCUCCAGU